AGAAAGAGACAAGCCAGGGGGAGAUCUCCCGGCUACAGCGACAGGUACAGGAGCUGGAGGCCUCUCUGUCUGACAGAGAGCAGCAGCUGGAGAUCUUAGGCCGAGAGCUUGAGAUGCAGAAAACAACCAUAGAGGAAGUCACUGAGCAGAAAACAAAGGCUGAAACCGAUGCACGACAGUUCCAUGUGGAACUGGAGGGUGUGGUGAAGGCCAAAGCAGCUAUGGAGCAAGAGCUGAGUCAGGCACAGCUGCUCGUUCAGCAGGCCGAGGCCAGGCGAUCCUCCCUGGAGGAAAGCCUCCAGGUGCUGAGGAGGAACAUUGAGGAGAGCACUACUGCUCGCCAGUCUCUGGAAGAGCACCUGAAACGAAGGGAGAGUGAUGUGCAGGACCUGGAACGGGCGCUGAAGACCAAAGAGGGGGCAGAGGCUGAACUCCUGAGUCAUGUCCGCAGUAUGGAGUUGGACCUGGCCAAGUCGGUUACCAAGGGGCAACAGAGUGAGUCGCAUGUGACGGUCACCAAAGUGCAGAAGUCAUCCACUUUGUCGAGCAGCAUCCAGAAAAUCCAAGCUGAGGUUGAGGCUGAGGUCAUGCAGCACAAGAUGGAGGAGCUCACGAUGGACAAGAAGAGAGCCGAAUCAGAGAUCAAGACUCUGAAGUCAGAGUUGAAUGGCAUGCUGAUGCAGAAGAAUAUGUCAGAGGAGAAAGCGCAACGGUUCAAAGAGCUACUGGAUGACUCAAAUAACAGGCUCAUAAAACUUCAGGCGGACAUGGAAGCAGACAGAAAUGGUGUGAGGCAGAAACUAGAAGAAAUAAGACAGGAAAGCUCUGAACUGAAAAAGUCUAUCUACGUUUACCAAGAACAAGUCAAGUCAUUGCAGCGAGACAAAACCACCCUGGAACAGAGAGCCAUUUUCCACAAGACAGAGGUGGACGGCAUAAAAGAACAACUGAAAAUAAGCCAAGAGAAACUUCUUCAGAAGAACUCAAUAGAACAGGAAUUCAUGCACAAAAUGAGAUGCUUAGAAGACGAGUUGAGCACAUCACAGCUAGGAGGCGACCAGCUUAAGUAUCAGAUAAAUGAAAUCACACGAGUAAAUAGUUCUUUAGAAAAUGAUGUAAGAAAUCUCAAGGUAUGUAUUGAAUCACUUCAGCAAGAGAAAACUUUUGCCGAACAGAGGCUCAAAGCACUGAAGACCGAAGCCGACACUUUCAAGGAACACCUACAGAAGGCUAAAGAGAAUAUGUCCUCACAGUCGAGGUCUGAGAAGGAAAUUCACCUCAAAGCCAGAAACCUUGAGCUGGAGCUGCAGAAAAGUGGGCAGCACGUUACCCAACUGACCAAAAAGGUUGAGGAGCUCAAGAAAAUGAACAUGGAGACAGAGCACUCCCUGAAGAGUGUGAGGGGAGAGCUGGACAAAGUGAAUAUUGAGCUGGGCAGCAAGGAUCAGCAGAUCAGCAUUUACAAGACCCAAGCAGAGAGCACAAAAGGCCAGGUAAAGAUCAUUGAGGAGGAACUGCUCAAGGUAACUCAAACAGCACACGAGUUCCAGGUGAAACUAAGGGGUUACAAUGACGAGGUCAAGAAAACGGCUGAAUUGGAGCUGAAAAACAAAACCCUGUCAGCAAACAUAGCCACGUAUGAAAAAGACAUCAGAACGCUAAAAUCUGAGCUGAACUCCAUUUCCAAUGAGAGAAACACCGUGAAACAGAGAGUCCAGGAACAGAAGAUGGAAAUCAAUGAGUUGAAUCUGAGCUUGAAGAAAACCAUGGGAGAGCUGCAGAAGGAAAAUGGUGAGGUGCAAAAAUAUGCUACCAAAGUGAAUGAGCUUGAAAAUGAACUUUUGAAGUGCAAACAGUCCAUGAAAGGAAUAACUGGAAACUCUGAAAAGAUCACAAUAAAUCUUAAACAGGACAUACUUUCUAUGCAAAAGGAAAAGCAAAUGGUUGACCAGAAACUGUUGACACUCAAGGGUGAGUUUGAUAAUCUGAGUACCACGUUGAGAAGAACCAAAGAUGAACUUAUUAAGGUAACCCAGGAAGCAAACAUCAGUCAGUCUAAAGUGAAGAACCUUGAAGAGGAGCUCCAGAAAAGCAGAGUGGUCAUUAAAGACAUGAGCUCCACUGUAGACAAAGACACACUGAACCUCAAACAGGAAAUUAUGGUUCUUCAGAAAGAGAAAACCACAGCGCAUGAGAAAAUACACCAAAUGACAUCAGAAAUGUCCGCUCUUCAAAAGGACAGAAACAUGGUGCUUGAAAAGAAUCAGAAUUUGAAUUUGCAGAUGUCUCAAGUGAAAAUGCAAUUACAGCAAACUCAAGAGACCAUCAAGAAGAGUCAGACAGAAACAUCCAGUGCCCAGGCUCUGAGUGUGGAGCUCUCUCAAGUGAAAAUGCAGCUGGAGCAAGCCCAAGAAAGCAUCAAGAAGAGUCAGACACAAUCAUUCAGUGCCCAGGCUCUGAGUUUGGAGCUCUCUCAAUUGAAAAUACAGUUAGAGCAAGCCCAACAGGACAUUACAAAGAAGCAAAAAGAAGCUUCUGAUGCCCAGGUGAGGUCCAAACUUCUGGAAGCCCAACUUGAAAGCUGCAAAGGCAUGUUGGAUCAAUUGAAGGAUAAACUGGAGAAACAGAAGUCUGGCUAUGAAAAACAACUGCAGUUAGUCCAUACCGAGAUGGAGCAGAAAUUCAUUGUGAGAGAAUCUCGCACGAAGGUGGAGUUGGAGAAAAAAUCCACAGAGCGCUCCCAGAACAUAGAGGCAGCCGAAAGGGACCACAAACAUCUCCAACAAGAGAUUGAAAAGCUCAGAGUGUUGCUUCACAACUCCCAGAUUUCAAAGCAAGAGACUCAACAACAGCUAGACUCUCUUCGUAUUGAACUGGAGCAAGCAGUGAAGGACAAAGGAGCCAUGGAAGUCGAUGUGCUUAAAGCAAAAUCCAAGAUAUCUGAUCUGGACAAUGAAAAAAUCAAGCUGGCGUCCAGCAUAAGUCAACUGGACAACCUUCGCAAAGAAAAUUCUAAAGAGGUUCCACGGCUCAAGCAGACAUUGGGCGAAUCAGAACGGAAGCUACAGGCUUCAGAGAGGGAGGUAAAGUCCCUCAAACAAAAAGUUGUUACCUACAUGGAGGAAGUGAAAAACCUUCAAGAAAAGGUCUUGAAGCUUGAGGUGGAAGUCAACUCUGAGAACAAGAGAGUUAAGGAACUGGAAUCAGAUAAACCAUCAAUGUCAAAUCAUCAGUGUCUCAAAGACCAUGAAAUUGCAAAGCUACAGACAGAGCUGCGAUUAACAAAGAAUAUUGUAUCAUCAUAUGAGGAGGCAAAGCGAAGUUUGGAGGAUGAGCUCAAGAAGAUGAAAGUUUCCUCAGAGAUAGCAACUCUGGAGAAGGAUAAAGUUCUGGCGGAGCUGAGAAUAAUGAAACAAGAAAAAAUGGAAGUUUAUCAAAACAAAUCUCAGGAAAAUAUCAUGAAGACAAUGACCAAUUCAGUUUCACUGCAUAAUUCAACUGUGUUACAGACACAUACAAAAGAGACAGAGUCUAACGUUAACAGCCAAAAUAUCACAACAGAGCAGACAGCCACCAUGCGCAAAAGCUCUCUGUCUGAGAAAGGCAAGUCUGGCAAAGGGCAGUCUGUUACAUUUAACAUCUCCAACUCAGAUGCAUCUGGACUCACUAGCAAAGUCACAGGUUCCCCCUCUACUCUAUCACGCAAAGUUCAAGGCCUUAGAGGACGUAUCAGUAUCAAGAAAUUGAUCAAAGUGAAAUUGCUGGAUAAUGACACUGCCCUGAAGUUAGAGACAGGGCAGAUGUCUAUGGAAGAAGUACAAGCAUGCAUCGCUCAGUUUGUUAGCAAGCCACCAUCAAUCGCUGGAGUUUACGAUCAGUCUAGCAAGAAGAAGAUGUCCUUCACUGAGGCCUCAGAGAAAGGGAUCAUUACAAAGACUUACGCUGUUGACUUCCUUGAAGCACAAGCGGCUACUGGGUGUAUUAUUGAUCCAUCAACAGGGGAAACCUACUCUGCAGAGGAUGCGUUUGAAAAUGGAAUCAUAAGAGAGGACCUCAAGGAGAAGCUUGUAGAAGCUGAAAAAGCAGUGUGUGGUUAUGCUCAUGCAGGGAAAAUACUUUCGGUCUUUCAGGCCAUGGAAGAAAGAAUACUUGACAGACACAGGGGAAAGAAGACGAUCGAAGUUCAGAUAGCUACAGGUGGCCUCAUUCAUCCAGUGAUUGGUGUCAGGGUGCCUCUUAGCUUUGCUCUUGAAAAUGGCCUCUUGAACCAGUUCACCUAUCAGACCAUCUAUGAUCCAGUCAGCAAUCCCAAGGGCUUUUACAACCCUGAGACUGGCCAGAGAGAUUAUUAUUGUGAGCUGUUGAAAAUGUGUGUUUUUGACACGGUGAGUGGUGUGUAUCUUUUGCCAAUAGGUGGUAAGCAGGAAGCUAACCCUACCCCUGACAGUGUGCAAGGCAGAAAGUCUGUUAUCAACACCUCAAAUGGAGUUGAGAUGCCAGCAUAUGAAGCCUUCAAAGGCAACCAUAUUGAUAAGAAAACAUACCUCUUCCUGUCUCAGCAAGAAACUGAAUGGCAGGAAACUGUCACAGACUCUAACGGAAGCCUCAUGCACAUACUAACAGACCUUAGAAGUGGUCGACAGCUUUGCAUUGAAACGGCUCUUAGACUUCGAAUCCUUGAAUCGUCCGAACUUGCCAAAUACCGAAGUGGCCUCCUUAGUAUAUACGAGCUCGCAGAUCUCUUGAACUCCAGAAAGGUUGUUUUCAGAAUCACGCAUUGCCCUGUUGCUGGACUGUGGGACGUUGCUUCCAGGAAGAGACUUUCUGUCUUUAAAGGUCACCAACUGAACCUUGUGGACAGAUUGACCGCCCUUCGGCUCUUAGAAGCUCAAGCUUGCACUGGAGGCAUCUGUGACCCAGCACUGGGGGAGCGUGUUGGGAUUGCUGAGGCAACUCAAAAAGGUCUACUAAAUGACAGUUUUGAACAUCUACUCAAGCAGUUUGAACAAGCUUACAAUGGUCUCGCACAUCCCCAAACAGGAAAGACCCUUUCAGUGGCCCAAGCCAUGCAAGAAAACCUGUUAUUGAAAGACGUUGGGAUGAGAUGUUUGGAAUACCAACUCUUUACUGGAGGACUGAUCAACCCAGAAACCCAUGAGAGGAUGACGGUGGAUGAGGCUCUCCUGGGCUGCUUGAUAGACAAGGCUACAGCUUCCCAGCUGAAAGAUGAAAGGUCCUUUUCCAAAUCCCUUACCUGCCCAAAGACCAAGAAGAGGAUUUCUUUCAGUGAAUCCCUGGAAAAAGGUGUCUUUGAUGGCCACACCGGUUUCAUGCUGCUUGAAGCUACCAAACCUCAAAGCAUGGGGGCCACAGGGACAUUCCAGUACAUCUGGACCUAUCGACAUAUGUAACUUAUUUUUUAGUGCCACAAAGAACAUAACAGCCAUCUUCUGCUUUUAUUAUCAAAACAUCUUCAACUUUGUCAUUCAGAAUGUGUUGUGCCUUCUUUAUUAACCUUCCUGUUCAACCUGUGUCUUUUCAUAUAAGCAAUGUGUUUUUUCAUGUUAUGUAAAUAUUUUAUAAAUCUCAUUGGUUUUCAAUGGGUAGAUUAUGCUAUUCUUGAAUUACUAAAUAUAAAGAAACAGUACCUCUAUUUUAUUUACCGUAAAAUUAUACCAUGAACCUUUAUCAUGAACCAUGAAUGUCUAGUAACCAGUUGUAUUGUUGCUUAAUCACUCUUGUUCAUUUCUGUCCCUGAAUUCCAGAAAA